GGUACACGGAUUGUCUCGGUUUUCUGACGGGAAGAAACUUAAGAAGCGACUUCUUCGCGAUGCCUGAGCCGGCUAAGUCUGCCCCCGCGCCCAAGAAGGGCUCGAAGAAAGCGGUAACCAAGACCCAAAAGAAGGGCGACAAGAAGCGGCGCAAGACCAGGAAGGAGAGUUACUCCAUCUACGUCUACAAGGUGCUGAAACAGGUUCACCCCGACACCGGCAUCUCCUCCAAGGCCAUGAGCAUCAUGAACUCCUUCGUCAACGACAUCUUCGAGCGCAUCGCGGGGGAGGCGUCCCGCCUGGCCCACUACAACAAGCGCUCCACCAUCACCUCGCGGGAGAUCCAGACGGCCGUGCGCCUCCUGCUGCCCGGCGAGCUGGCCAAACACGCCGUGUCGGAAGGCACCAAGGCCGUCACCAAGUACACCAGCUCCAAGUGAGGCGGCGGCUGCGCUGCGCAGUAAGGCGAUCGAGAGAAACCCAAAAGGCUCUUUUAAGAGCCAUCCCACUUCUCCGGGAAAGAGUUUUUAAGUCGCUGCUUUGUGUCCUUGCUAACUUAAGGCUUAAAACUGGUCUUUCUCAGACGUUGCUCUUCCUUAAUAAAACGCAAAUAUAUGCUGUUAAAAACAUGGAAGAUGAUGUGGCUUAGGGGAAGAAAUUUACAUAUAGUAGGUCGAACUGUUAAAUCGGUGAAACUACAGCACAAAUGAGAUAUCUCUAAUAAUGAAGAUACCUUUUAAAAAAGAUUACCUUCUGAAUUUAAGUACAAAUAAAAAGUAUAAAAGGGUUAAUGGAUUGAAAGCAUGGCUUCCAGAUCUGAUCCUGCAGGUGCUGAGCUUCUGAUAUUUUUUUAAAAAAUCCUGCUUGUAGCAGUUUUAUAAAUAAGUCAAAGCUGUGAACACACCUAAUAAAGUUUUUGACUAAUAA